GAGGGCACACCGCGCGGAAGCCAUGAGCCCUGCCUGCCUGCCUUUCAUCGUCCUGCUGCUGCUGGAGGAGAUGUCUCACGCGCACUUCCCCGAAGAAUCUGGGCCCAUCAGCAUCGCUCUGGAGGACUACGUGAAGCAAUAUGCCGUCUUCGUGGGCAACGGACUGGGUCGGUUUGCCAGCCAAGAGGGUGGGGCUGAGCGGCUCCACAUCCAGCGGAUGCUGACAAUCAACAGGACUCUGUUUAUCGGGGAGAGGGAUAAUUUAUACCGGAUCAGCUUGGAAUCUGCUGCGGCUGGAGAGAUGCGCUACCAUCGGAAAAUGACGUGGAGGUCGAACAAGCACGAUAUCAACAUCUGCCACAUGAAGGGGAAACAUGAAGCAGAAUGCCGGAAUUUUAUCAAAGUGCUGCUCAUCCGCAGCACCAAUGUGCUCUUUGUGUGUGGGACCAAUGCCUUCAACCCUGUUUGCUCCGAUUACAGUAUGGACUAUCUAGAACCUGUGGGUGACAACAUCAGUGGCAUGGCCCGGUGCCCAUAUGAUCCCAAGCAUGCCAACAUUGCCCUCUUUACAGGAGGGAUGCUGUUCACCGCCACCGUGACCGAUUUCCUGGCCAUCGACGCAGUGAUUUACCGCAGCCUCGGAGACAGCCUGGCCCUGCGCACGGUUAAGCAUGACUCCAAGUGGUUUAAAGAGCCCUACUUUGUCCACGCGGUGGAGUGGAAGAACCAUGUCUACUUCUUCUUCAGAGAGAUUGCAAUGGAAUUCAACUACCUGGAGAAGAUGGUGGUUUCAAGGGUGGCCCGUGUUUGCAAGAACGACAUGGGGGGAUCGCAGCGGGUGCUGGAGAAACAGUGGACUUCCUUCCUGAAGGCUCGCCUGAAUUGCUCCAUCCCGGGAGACUCCCACUUCUAUUUCAACGUCAUCCAGUCAGUCACAGACAUUUUGGAGAUCGAUGGGAGGCCAACGGUGCUGGCUGUCUUCUCCACACCCACCAACAGCAUUCCCGGUUCGGCUGUCUGCGCCUACGACAUGGGCCAAAUGGCAGCCGUCUUCGAAGGGCGCUUCCGGGAGCAGAAAUCUCCUGAAUCCAUUUGGACCCCGGUUCCAGAAGAGCUGGUUCCCAAGCCACGACCAGGUUGCUGUGCGGCUCCUGGGAUGCAGCACAAUUCUUCCAGCCUUUUUCCCGACGAGAUCCUCAGCUUUGUCAAGACGCAUCCCCUGAUGGAUGAGUCAGUGCCGUCCUUGGGGAAUGCCCCCUGGAUCAUCCGGAGCGUGGCUCGGUAUCAACUGCGAAAGAUCGUAGUGGACAACACAGCUGGCCCAGGCAGAAACUACACAGUGGUCUUCCUGGGGUCUGAUACGGGAACCGUCCUGAAGUUUCUCAUCCGCGCCAACCUCAGUGCCAGCUCCUCCCCGGGCAGGGCUAGUAGCCACAGCUUGCUGCUGGAGGAAUUUGAGACCUACCCCAGUGACAAGUGCGGCAAGGACAGCGCAGGCGAAAGGAAACUGCUGAGCAUGGAGCUGGACAAGGCCACGGGGUCGCUGCUGCUGGCCUUCCCGCCCUGCGUCGUGCGGGCCCCCGUGGCCAGAUGCCACCAGCACUCCACAUGCAUGAAGAAUUGUUUGGCAAGCCAUGAUCCAUACUGUGGCUGGACCCCUGAAGGAUCCUGUGUUUUUCUGGAAUGGAAUACCAGGCUGGUGUUCGAACAAGACAUCAGUGGCGUCAAGACCUCUUAUCUUGGGGAUUGUGAAGGCCUGGUCACCGAAAGCUUUGUGGACGAACCCAACGGCCUGGUGUCCGUCAAUCUGCUGGUCAUCUCUUCCGUGGCCGCCUUCGUCAUCGGAGCAGUGAUCUCGGGCUUCAGCGUGUGCUGGUUCAUUGGGCAUCGAGACCGCAAGGAACUGGCCCGCCGCAAAGACAAGGAGAACAUCCUUGCGCACGGCGAAUCCGUCGUCAGCGUCAGCCGGCUGGGGGAUCGGCGGUCCCGAGCACCCGGCGGGCAGCCAGAGAACUUGCUGGCCCCACUUAUGCAGAACGGGUGGCCUAAAGGACUGAUUAAGGUGGGCCAGCAUGACCUGGAUUCGGGGGUACUCCCCACACCAGAACAGACCCCCUUGCAGCAGAAACGGUGUCCCAAGCCGUGCAGCUGGGAAUACAGCCACAAUCUCAUUAAUGCCUCCCUGCGCGGGGGAGACCCACCCUCCUCGGUCAUCCUUCUACACACGGGGCACACCCCGGUGCCAUCGCACCUGAGUUCUGGGCGGGUCAUCCCCAUUUCCUGCCAGUCCAUGUUGAUGGACCAAGAGCUGGACGGUGAAGGAGCCGACCUCUCGCUAGACAUGCGCUACCUCCCGGUGAGUGGUGGUGAGGGGCCGAGAGGCAUCCAGCCGCAGCAAGGCCCGCCGGCACACCGACCCCGUGGGACUCGGAGCUCCUAUGGCAGCGAGCUGCCCAUCACGCCACACGACAGCCCAGACCGGCGGCAGGUCGUAUCUGCUCCGAGCGGGGACACGGGGAGUCAGUGGAAUACUGAGAAGCUGAACUUCAGUAGUAACAACACAGCCAGCAAGGGAAGCGCUCACUUGAAGCGCACCCACACGUUCAACAGCGGAGAAGGUCAGACAGCUUACGCCCGGGCCCAGCGGACACCGACGCUGGGCCCCCAGCACUCCCUCACAGACUUCAGCCACCUCUUGAAAUACAGUGGCACGGAGCGGACUCCCUCUUCGGUCAAAUAGGGCUGGUCAGGGGUGUGUAGCUUGGCUUGGUAACCUUCUUCCUCGCAAAAGGGGUGGGGUUUCACUAGAGAGGAGGAGGAGGAGGAAGAGCAAAGCAGGAAAACGGCAGUGAGAGACGCUUGAUUCCCCCUUAGGUGGCAUGGAGGGGCCAGCACGCCCCCCUUCCCAGGUGCACAGAUUGUCCCAGGAAGGAUCUGCCCAAGGCACAACAGGAGGACCCUCUUCUUUGUGUGUGUGUGUGUUGGGGUUCUCUUCAUCCUGGCGCUUCCUCACUGGAUUCUUCCUAGCCUUUGCGAAACUCCUCCUCCUCCCUGAGGGGGUGGGCAGGCAGGGGCAGGCCCGGGCACUGCCCCACCCGCGCGUGGGCAGAGGUCCUGUUGGUACGAUGGGACAGGAAGGAACAGCAAUCGUGAAAUGAACGGCAACAAGUAUCCGCUGCUAAGAUAAAGAAUGGGAAGGCUGCACAAAGCAUUUGGGGGCCCUCCCGGUUGCUUUUCUCACACACACCCCUUUUUUUUUUUUUUGCUCUGGAAGGGUGGGG